GCUUAUGGUCAGCGAUUUGCUGAUUACGUGAAACAUCGUAUUCUUGGCUCUCGUACCAUACCGUUGUACAGACUGGGGAAGCAAGGCCCAGAAAUUGGAAGCAGUUACUGCAGGACAUCAAAAAACUGAAGCAAGUUAUUAAUCAAACUUCGGAGCACAGAGUAACAACAUGCUUUACCCCAAGGAGGACAAGGAGAACCGCAUUCUGCUCUACGCGUGCCGGAAUUGUGAUUACCAGCAGGAAGCCGACAACAGCUGCAUCUACGUCAACAAAAUCACGCACGAAGUGGACGAACUGACCCAGAUCAUCGCUGACGUGUCCCAGGACCCCACGUUGCCACGGACCGAGGACCACCCGUGCCAAAAGUGUGGCCACAAGGAGGCGGUGUUCUUCCAGUCACAUAGUGCCCGGGCCGAGGACGCCAUGCGCUUGUACUAUGUGUGUACGGCCCCACACUGUGGCCACCGCUGGACCGAGUGAACCAUCCUUUCCCACGUGUAAUAAAUACUGUGUUCUUUGCGUGCA